AUGAGAGUAAUGUGACGGAUACAAAAUAGCAUCAUAAGCAUACAAGAAAGGGUCAUAGAGAUGGCACGGUUAGUCGCAUGUUCAUAUGUGGAUUUUUAGUCUACGGUUUUAUAAGUUUCCCUCACCUGAUGGCUGAUACAUGAAAGAUUUUAGUUAUAAUUACUGAGUUUUUUCUUACUCGCAUACACUGAGUUAAUUGAUAAAUAGUUUUUACUCUUAAAUUACUUUGGAUUAAAAAGAGUUAUCUGCUAAUGGUUUUAGGAAUGGUUCAAAUAUUAGAAAUUACAACGUAAUUAUAUUUUUACUAUUAUUCGUGUACAAUAGAUAUUUUUAUGCACAAGUAGUUUCAUUAUGUAUUAUUACAAUUUCACUUUAUCUCCUCUUUAUUUUUAUUUCGUGUUGGAUUCGAUCGGAGGUUUUUUUUGGGUCAACUGUUGGGAGCUUCUAUAAAGUAUAAUAAUAGUUAGCUUUAUAGCCUCACAAAGCUUCUCUCUAUCGACCGAAUUCCGCAAGUCCCACAAUAAACAAACACCACUUUGUUGAUCCUCAUAAUUACUCCUCUUUCACUCUCCUAUCUUCCUCCAUGCCAGUGAGUAAUAUUUCUAGAAUCAAUCUAAAAGGGAUCAUUAUAUCAUUAAUAACAAUCUUAGUUUCCUUUAGUGGGUCUUAUCCCUUUUGCCUUUAUAUCCCCUCAAGACAAAAAAAAAGAGAGCAACAAACACUUUAUGUCUUAAUUUUGUUUCAUCUCUCUUCAUAUUCUUGAGUUUAUAUUUUAAACAAUCUCAAGCUAAAAGAAUGCCCUUGGAGGCUGUCGUAAACCCGCAAGAUCCAUUCGGAUACCUUUCUAAUUGCAAAGAUUUCAUGUUCCACGACUUUUACUACCAAGAAGAGAUAGUAUCUCAAGAUACAAAGAACAACAUUCAUAAGUUAGGGCACGAACAGAGAUUUGUGGAAAACGAUAAGGAGGAAGAACGUCAAUGGGGAGACCAUUAUCAUCAUCAGUGCCCUGUAGUCCCUUCGUUGGAAGAAGAGCUUGAUCUUCCCGCCAUUGAUGUGGAAAAUCAUCCUCCUGUGCAGCAGAGGAGGAAGAGGAGGAGAACAAGGAGCAAUAAGAACAAGGAAGAGAUCGAGAACCAGAGAAUGACUCACAUCGCCGUCGAGAGAAAUCGCCGGAAACAGAUGAACGAGUACCUCGCCGUGCUCCGUUCUCUAAUGCCGUCGUCAUAUGCUCAAAGGGGAGAUCAAGCGUCGAUAGUAGGAGGAGCCAUUAACUACGUAAAGAAGUUAGAGCACAUCUUACAGUCCAUGGAGCCUAGGAGAACCACGACCACGAGCCAUGAAGCCGACACAAGCACUAGCUCGUUGGUGUUUACCUUCUCAGAUUUCUUCACUUUCCCUCAGUACUCGAAAAAGUCAUUAUCAGAAGUGGAAAGCUCAUCUUCACCGGCGGAAAUAGAAGUGACGGUGGCGGAAGGCCACGCGAACGUCAAGAUAAUGGCGAAGAAGAAACCAAGGCAGCUUCUUAAGCUCGUAGCUUCCAUACAGAGCUUAAGGCUCUCUCUUCUUCAUCUCAAUGUGACCACUCUGGAUAACUUGAUUCUCUACUCCAUCAGCGUCAAGGCAAAGAGAUAUCUUCGACAGAACCUUGAAUGACUUCCACAACAUGUUCAAGAUUGUUAGCUUUGACAAGAGCACAAGCGUGAUCAGCCAAUGAAGUAGCUUCCACAGCAUACACUUUCCUCGCGAGAUUCGAGAGAGUCGACGAGAUUCGAGAGGAGAGAGACGACGAGAUUCCAAAGAGACGACGAGAAUCGACACGAGAGAGAAUACGGAGAAGUCGAGAGACGAAGGAGAGAGAGAGAGCGAUGGAUAUGUGGGCGAAUCACAAGCUGCCACGUUAGGGCUUCUUAGCUUCUCUAAAAAGCCCAAUUCAGGCAGCGGUUCUUCAGUAUUUUGGACUUUUUGAUUUAUUUUUAUUCAACUUUUGUUAGGAACCUGUUGUUAGACACUCCCAAUGGACUUGCUCUUAGAGCAACACUAACCAAGCACCCCAUUCGGGG